AUGCUGGAGCCCACAGCACACAAGUUUCAGCUUCGGGUUGAUGCAGGUGCACCAGUGUCGGGAGCCUCGUGUGGAAAAAUUCCCGCGGAGCGAGCCGGGCUGGGAAACUUCUGGAGCUGCGUAGCGCUGCCGGGGCGAGCGAAACGAGCCGGAGCAGGCGGCGGGAGGCGGCAGCGCCGGGCCCGCCCUCGCAGCGCGGCGGGCACGGCAGCGGCCCCGGAGUCCCCCGGGCAACGGCGGCUGCGGCUGCCAAACACUGGCGGAGCCGGGCGGAUGGAGGCCGAGGGGGCUGCCGGGUUUGGGGGGCUGGAGGCGCUGGAGGAGCCCCGGGAGGAGCCCGUAGAGGAGCCCCGGGAGCGGCGGGGCGCGGAGGAGCCCCCGGAGGAGCCCCGGGAGCGGCGGGGCGCGGAGGAGCCCCCGGAGGAGCCCCGGGAGCGGCGGGGCGCGGAGGAGCCCCCGGAGGAGCCCCGGGAGCGGCGGGGCGCGGAGGAGCCCCCGGAGGAGCCCCGGGAGCGGCGGGGCGCGGAGGAGCCCCCGGAGGAACCCCCGGAGGAGCGGCGGGGCGCGGCGCGGCUGGCGCGGGGCGCGGUGCGGGCUCUGGCCGUGGCCCCGGAGCGCUGGCGGCGCUGGGCGGGCGGCGCGGCGGGGCCGGCGCUCCGCGGCUUCGUGCGGGGCUCGGCGGGGCCGGUGCUGCUCGCCUGGAGGAGCCCGGCCGGGGAGCUGGGGCUGCGGGCCGGGCCGCCCCCGCCGCCCCCCAGCGCCGCCAAGGCGCUCUUCUUCCUCCGGCCGCCCGGAGCCGGCGCCGGCCCCGCCGAGCUGCUGUGCGGGGACCUGCCCGCAGAGCCCCUGCCGCACUUCGCCGCGCUGGUGGAGGAGGUGCUCGUGCCCAUCCUGACGAACCGGAGGAACCACCAGGGCUGGCCACGAGUGGUGUCACAAGACAUCAUCCAUCAUGUCCACAGCCUGAAAAAUACUGUCUUCAAGGUUGUUGGCCAGGUGAAGGGCAAGACCUUGCUGCCUCUUCCAGCUGCCUCAGAGGGAAUUGAGAACGUUGAUCCUAAAAAUGAGAAAUUCUUGGAGCUGAUCAAUAAAUCCCUUGUACACGCCACCGAGUCAGCCGUCAUCGACUGGAGCCAGCAGAUCCAGAGAGUGCUGAAGAAAGAGUCCUCAGAGCCCCUCCUGCGAGGCACCAACCCCACCCCGAGGGUGGAGCUGCAGUUCUGGAAGAGCAGGUGCGCUGACCUGGAGGGCAUCCACAGCCAGCUGACGUCCAGGAGGGUCAGCAACAUGCUGCAGGUGCUGGAGAGAGUGCAGAGCAUCUACGUGCCAGCCUUCCAGAGCAUGCUCACGGAUGUGGAGGCAGCUCUUGUGGAAGCUCAGGACAUCGACCUGCACCUGGCCACCCUGCAGCAGCCCCUGGAGUGCGUGGAGGCUGUGGAGUUCAGCCAGGUGAAGCCUCUCCUGGUGCCUCUGCUGCACGCCGUGUGCUGGGUCUGGGUCAGCUGCGAGCACUACGGCGUGCCCCUGAGGCUGGUGGUGCUGCUCCAGGAGAUCUGCAACCUCCUCAUCCAGCAGGCCGUGGUGUACCUGUCCCCAGAAGACCUGCUGAAAGGAGAGGUGGAAGAGAGCCUGGGCAAGGUGCAGACGGUGUUUGACAUCCUGAACGCCUUCAAAGGGGCGCUGGAGGAGAGAAGGGCAAACCUGCAGGUGUAUUAUGAGCCAGGCCAGCAAGUGAGGAGCUGGGACUUCCCCUCCAGGCUGGUGUUUGCAAGGCUGGACAGCUUCCUGCAGAGGCUGGAGAUGGUGAAGGGCCUCCUGACCACAGCCCUGGAGCUGGCACAGCUGGAGAAGAUUGAGUUUGGGGGCAUGAAAGGGAAGGCCCUGGGCCAGCAGGUGCUGGGCAUGCACGAGGAGUUCCAGGAGGGCUUCCAGGUGUUCUCAGAGCGAGCCUACGACUGCCUGGACCUGGCCAACGCGGAGUUUGAGCAGGACGCCCUGGACUUCCAGCAGAAGGUGCAGGACAUUGACCGUCGGCUGGGCACCGUGUUCAGCCAGGCCUUCAGCGACGCCCCGGACCUGGAGCACGCCUUCAAGCUGCUGGCCAUGUUCCGGAACCUUCUGCAGCGCCCUGGGAUGGCUGCAGCUGCUGCUGACAAGGUCCCCGUGCUGCUCAGCAUGUUCAGCUCUGCCCUGGACCAGGCCAGGCUCACCUACACCAGGCACACCCAGGCAGGGCAGCAGCUCGGGUUCCCCCCGCUGCACAAGAACGUCCCUCCCGUGGCCGGAGCGCUGGGCUGGGCGCGGGAGCUGCGCGCGCGGAUCCAGGGGCCCUUGGAGCACCUCAGGCACGUCCCAGGGCUGUACCAGGAAAAGCUGUAUUUAGACUGGUGCCAGACAGUCUCAGAAGAAUCCCAGUACAACCUGACUCAGCCUCUCCUCCGGCGAGAUGCGCAGACCAAACUGAUCGCGGUCAACUUUGAUCCCCAGCUGGUGUCGGUGCUGAGGGAGGUGAGCUACCUGAGGGGCAGCGGGGCAGGAGCCAUCCCCCCGGCGGCAGCUGAGCUCUAUUCCUGCAAGGAAUCCUUCUGGCAGCUGGUGGCCAGCCUGGAGCUGAUGGGGAACAGCUACAACAAGGUCCUGAGAGCCCUGCUGGAGGUGGAACAUCCUCUGGUGCAGGGGCAGCUGCAGGACAUCGACUUGAGGCUGAGAGAGGCAGAAGAGACGCUGACCUGGAAGACAGAGGGUGUCUGGGACCACAUCUCCGGGGUGAUGGGCGACGUCUGUGACCUGGAGCAGAGGCUGCAGAAAGCCAAGGCCAACGUUGAGGAGAUCCGGAGCAUCGUGGGCUCAUGGGGGUCGCCCGUCCUCGAGAGGAGGGAUUCCAGAAGGGAGGCAGUGCUGAGCCUGGAGGAGUGCCAGGAGCGCCUGGAACGGCGCUGCAGCCUGGUCAGGGAGUGUGGGCACAGGAUCCACUGCCUGGUGAAGGAAAACCAGAGCCUCCUACGUGCAGCCCCAGCCUCUGACGCCUGGAAGGUGUAUUUGGACUAUGUGGAUGAGAUAGUCCUGCAUGGAUUCUUCACUGCCAUUGAGUGCUCGCUGAAAUACCUCCUGGAGAACACAGAUCCCAAGGCAGGGCUCACUCCCCUCUUUGAGGUGCAGCUGGAUUUGGUGAUCCCGGAUUUGGUGUUUCGCCCUCCCUUGGACCCUGGCAGCAACGAUGGCUUCUGUGGCAUGGUGGAAAGUCUUCUCCAGGGCAUCUACCACAUCUCCUCGCUGGUGCCCCGGGUGGCCACGCACAGCGGCUUCUGCCACUACCAGGCUGCCCUGGAGGCCAUGCCCGCGCUGUGCCCGUGGCGCCAGGAGCUGCUGGCGCGCUCCCGGGCGGCGGCGGCGGCGUGCUGCGAGCACCGCGCGGGGCUGGAGCGCCGCUUCUCGCACCUCCUAGGGGAGGACAGGAGGGAGCUGUGCCGCCACCUCCUGCGCCACGCCCGCCUCCCCGCGCCCGCAGACGUCGAGGCCCACGUCGAGGAGGGGGUCCCGGAGGUGCCGGCCACGCUGCAGGGGUUCCUGGAGCAGCUGGGCUCCUACGAGCAGCUCUACGAGGAGGUGGCUCGCAUGCAGCCCCUCUGCGCCUUCCAGGGCUGGCUCAGGCUCGAUGCGCGGCCCUUCAAGGCGGCCUUGCUCAACGAGAUUAAAAGGUGGAGCUUGGUGUUCAAGCAGCACCUCCUGGACCAUGUCACGCACAGCUUGGCUGACCUGGACGAGUUCAUCCAAACUGCCGAGAGAGGUUUGAGCAGGAAGGUGGAGAAAGGUGACUACGGUGGCUUGGUGGAGGUCAUGGGUCACCUGCUGGCUGUGAAGGAGCGUCACAGUGCCACCGAUGCCAUGUUUGAGCCCCUGAAGGAGACCAUUGAGCUGCUGAGGGCCUACGAGCAGCAGCUGCCCGAGGAAGUCCACCAGCAGCUGGAGGAGCUGCCGGAGAAGUGGGGCCAGGUGAAGAAGCUGGCUCAGGCCGUGAAGCAGCAGGUGGCCCCUCUGCAGGCCCUGGAGGUGACAGCCCUGCGCCAGAGCUGCGCCGCCUUCGACGCCCAGCAGCUGCGGCUCCGCGAGCGCUUCGGCGCGGAGGCGCCCUUCAGGUUUGACACCGCAAAGCCGUAUCAACUGCUGGAUGCAAAGCACACGGAGAUUAAACAGAUGGAGUCAGCCAUGACCUCGAUUUAUGAAUCAGCUGGUCUGUUUGAAGUCAUGGUGCCAGAGUACAAGCAGCUGAAGCAGUGCAGGAAGGAGCUGUGUCUGCUCAAAGAGCUCUGGGACAUGAUCUCCCUGGUGAACACCAGCCUGGAAGACUGGCAGACCACCAGGUGGGUGGACAUUAAUGUGGAGAACAUGGAUCUGGAGUGCAAGAGGUUUGCGAGAGAGAUCCGGAGUUUGGACAAGGAAAUGAGGGCGUGGGAUGCUUUCAGCGGGCUGGACAGCAAGGUGAAGAACAUGCUGACUGCCCUCAGGGCUGUGGCAGAGCUCCAAAAUCCUGCCAUCAGGGAGAGGCACUGGAGCCAGCUGAUGCAGGUGACGGGCGUGAGGUUUGUGAUGGACUCGGACACCACCCUGGCUGACCUCCUCAAGCUCAACCUGCAUGAAUUUGAGGGGGAGGUCCAUGGCAUUGUGGACAAAGCAGUGCGAGAAAUGAGCAUGGAGAAGGUGCUGAAGGAGCUGAGGAUGACUUGGGGCUCCAGGGAGUUUCAGUACGAGCCUCACCCCCGCACCCAGACCCCCUUGCUGAAGUCAGAUGAGGAGCUCGUUGAAACUCUAGAAGACAACCAGGUGCAGCUGCAGAAUUUAAUGUCAUCCAAGUACAUUGCCUUCUUCCUGGAGGAGGUGUCUGCCUGGCAGAGGAAGCUCUCCACUGCUGACUCCGUCAUCUCCCUCUGGUUCGAGGUGCAGCGCACGUGGUGUCACCUGGAGAGCAUUUUCAUAGGCUCAGAAGACAUCCGGGCACAGCUGCCCCAGGACUCCAAACGUUUUGAAGGCAUUGAUGUGGAUUUUAAAGAACUGGCCUAUGAAGCUCAGAAAACCCCAAAUGUGGUUGAAGCCACCAAUAAACCAGGUCUGUCCCAACAACUGGAGGACAUCCAGAGUAGGUUGUCUCUGUGUGAGAAGGCUUUGGCUGAAUAUUUGGACAUGAAAAGGUUGGCUUUUCCCAGAUUUUACUUCAUUUCUUCUGCGGAUUUGCUGGAUAUUCUUUCCAACGGCACCAACCCACAGCUGGUGCAGCGCCACCUUUCCAAACUCUUUGACAACCUGGCCAGGCUGAAAUUCCAGGUGGACUCUGAGCAGAAGACAACCAAGGCUGGCCUGGGAAUGUACAGCAGAGAGGAGGAAUAUGUCCAGUUCAGUGAACCCUGUGACUGCAGUGGGCAGGUGGAGGUGUGGCUCGGUCGCCUGCUGGACACCAUGAGGGCCACGGUGAGGGAUGGCAUGGGCACGGCUGUGGCGGCCUACGAGCACAAGCCCAGGGACCAGUGGCUCUUUGACCACCCUGCCCAGGUGGCUCUCUGCUGCACCCAGAUCUGGUGGACAGCUGAGGUGGGCAUGGCCUUCUCCAGGAUGAAGGAAGGUUACGAGAAGGCCAUGAAGGAGUACCACAAGAAGCAGGUGGCCCAGCUGAACACGCUGGUGACAAUGCUGCUGGGGCAGCUCUCCAGGGGGGACAGGCAGAAGAUCAUGACCAUCUGCACCAUCGAUGUGCACGCGCGGGACGUGGUGGCCAAGAUGAUAGCACAGAAGGUGGACAACGGCCAGGCCUUCGUGUGGCUGGCGCAGCUGCGGCACCGCUGGUCGGACGAGGAGCGGCACUGCUGGGCCAACAUCUGCGAUGCACAGUUCCUCUACUGCUACGAGUACCUGGGCAACACCCCCCGGCUCGUCAUCACCCCCCUGACCGACAGGUGUUACAUCACCCUGACCCAGUCCCUGCACCUGACCAUGAGCGGGGCCCCUGCGGGCCCUGCUGGCACCGGCAAGACGGAGACCACCAAGGACCUGGGCCGAGCCCUGGGCAUCAUGGUCUACGUGUUCAACUGCUCCGAGCAGAUGGACUACAAGCUCAACGCCAGCACUGAGCACUGCCUCGGUUCCCAGGUGAAGAGUGUGCAGGACGCCAUCCGGGAGAAGAAGAAAUCCUUCAAUUUUCUUGGAGAAGACAUUAACUUAGUCCCCUCAGUUGGGAUUUUCAUCACCAUGAACCCUGGUUAUGCAGGACGAACCGAGCUACCUGAGAAUUUAAAAGCUCUCUUCAGGCCCUGUGCCAUGGUUGUGCCAGACUUUGAGCUGAUCUGUGAGAUUAUGUUGGUAGCCGAGGGCUUCCUCCAGGCCCGGGCCUUGGCCAGGAAGUUCAUCACGCUCUACCAACUCUGCAAGGAGCUCCUGUCCAAGCAGGACCACUACGACUGGGGCCUGCGGGCCAUCAAGUCGGUGCUGGUGGUGGCCGGCUCCCUGAAGCGCGCGGACCCCGAGCGGCCCGAGGAGCAGGUCCUGAUGCGCUCCCUCCGCGACUUCAACGUCCCCAAAAUCGUGACAGACGACCUGCCAGUGUUCAUGGGGCUGAUCGGGGACCUGUUCCCUGCCCUGGAUGUGCCUCGGAAGCGCGACCUGGAUUUUGAGGCCGUGGUGAAGGAGGCUGUGCUGGAGCUGCGGCUGCAGCCUGAGGACAACUUUGUGCUCAAAGUGGUGCAGCUGGAGGAGCUGCUCAGUGUCCGGCACUCCGUGUUCGUGGUGGGGGCUGCAGGCACAGGCAAGUCUCAGGUGCUGAGGUCCCUGCACAAAACCUACCAGAGGAUGAAGCGCCGGCCGGUGUGGACAGACCUCAACCCCAAAGCAGUCACCAACGACGAGCUCUUCGGGGUCAUUAACCCAGCAACGAGAGAGUGGAAAGAUGGACUGUUUUCAUCAAUCAUGAGAGAGCUGGCCAACAUCUCACAUGAUGGUCCCAAGUGGAUGGUACUGGAUGGGGAUAUUGAUCCAAUGUGGAUUGAGUCUCUGAACACUGUGAUGGAUGAUAAUAAGGUGCUGACCCUGGCCAGCAACGAGAGGAUCCCUCUGAACCCCACGAUGAGGCUGCUGUUUGAGAUCAGCCACCUGCGCACGGCCACCCCGGCCACCGUGUCCCGGGCAGGGAUCCUGUACAUCAACCCCUCAGACCUGGGCUGGAACGCCCCCGUGAGCAGCUGGAUUGACCGGCGGGAGGUGCAGUCCGAGAGGGCCAACCUGACCAUUCUGUUUGACAAGUACCUGCCCGUUUGCCUGGACACCCUGAGAGCCAGAUUUAAGAAGAUUAUUCCCAUUCCUGAGCAGAGCAUGGUUCAGAUGCUGUGUUACCUCCUGGAAUGCCUCCUGACAGAGGACAACACACCUCCUGACUGUCCCAAGGAGCUUUAUGAACUUUACUUUGUCUUUGCUGCUGUCUGGGCCUUUGGUGGCUCCAUGUUCCAGGACCAGCUCGUGGACUACAGAGUGGAGUUCAGCAAGUGGUGGGUGGCAGAAUUCAAGACAAUCAAGUUCCCUUCUCACGGCACAGUCUUUGACUUUUACGUUGAUCCAGAAACAAAGAAGUUUGAGCCUUGGUCUAAACUUAUUCCCCAGUUUGAAUUUGAUCCAGAGAUGCCACUGCAGGCCUGCCUGGUGCCCACGGCAGAGACGGUUCGGCUGCGGUUCCUGGUGGCCAGGCUGCUGCAGCGCCGGCGCCCCGUGCUGCUGGUGGGCUCCGCUGGCACGGGUCCCCUUUAA